CUGCAUUCUCAAGACCAUGGCCUUGCUCGGGCUCCGGAGAUGGUACGGCCGCCAUGGCGAGAAGUUUCAGCAGUGGUUCUGCUGGGCAGCAGCCUUGCAGAUGAUUGCGCUGAGCAGGCAGGGUUUCCCGCCCCCGCUGCAAUGAACUGCGACCAGUAUUAUCCGUAAGGUCGCACUGGGGUUUCCAUUCGAGACGUGCAAAGAGGUGGAGGCAACGAUGACACCUCCUGCAACUGCGUCAACGCUUCCAGCCAAUGCCUGUACGGGAUGCCAGUGUCCUCGCGACGAUACUUCUUGGAGAGAAUACGACGUUGGAGUUGCGUGCGACGUGGUUGACGGAAGCGCGUUCAGUUCUCAAGCUCCUUGCAUGUGUGGAGGUACUAGGUGCAAGCAAAGUGAGGUAUGUACUUAUAGCCCUUUUGUCGAGUUGUGCCAACGGUCGGGGGCUUUAGUACUGCGAUCGCCGUGUAUGUUGGGCGGUUCGCCACUCAUAUUCGAAUAUGAAUUUGAUACGUAUUUCGAUGCACCAGUAUAUUCCGCUGUUGGCGGCUAUUAUCUGUAUUGGGAUUACGGCUGCGCAGGCGUUAUAGGCAGCCCGGCGAUAUGGGUCCUCGACACUGACGAGCCAGCCAGGGCACCUCGGCAGACUGAUUUGGAUGGUGAUUCUGCUUGUAAUGUCCUUGCGUACAUAAACAGUUAUGAGAUUUCUGGUCCUCCGUCGGGGACUCAAAAUUGGACGAUCUCUUGCGACACUGGCGCGGACAAGGAGUCAGAGAUCAUCAUUGAGCACCUGUAUGGACCGCUUCCGGCCGUCGAGUCGACGGGAGAUGCGUGCCCGUGUACACCAUGGGCCACUGCAACGUCAAGCUCGACUACCUUGACGGUCACAACGUCGGCGACGUCUACAUCGACCGUGACACUUUCAGGCACGACUACGACGUUUGCCACAGAGACGGUCACCACAGGGUCCACUUCGGUCACUUCGGCCACCACCGCCACGACGACUACUGCAGGCUCGCCGACCACGGGCGUAUCCUCGUCGGACCCGUCGGACUUCCUCUCGCUGCUGUCGGUCGUGGGCAUCACCGUGGGUGUGCUGGCGGCCGCCACCGCGCUGGCGCUGGGCCUGUGCGGCGGCGCCGCGCUCCUCGUGAGGCAGUGCUGUGGCCCGGAGACGGGGGUGGGCACCAUGACCGACUUCCCCCCAUCCGACGACGAGGACGACUUCGUCGUGAUCGAGGUCCGGAGAGCUCACCCUCCCCAAUUACGCUUCGCUCUCGCCCAGGCGUGGGAGGCCCCCGUUAGCAUGGGCGAGAACCAGCGGGACGGGCCCGUCCGCCAGAUCGUCCGCGUGUGAGCUGCCCCCCAAAAAUGAAACGGAGGAAAUUGCAGAGUAACAGCAGUUUCAGGAGAGGUAUGGGGCAACGAUAAGGGGGGAGGAGCAGGAGGUGCAGGAGGAUCCGACGCUGACUGAUCCUGCCCGCAGCCGUCUCACCCUUCGGGGCCUCAGAGGAGCGCCGCCAGAGACGCCCGUGUGCAACGGCGCGGGGCUCGCCGCCGGCUUGAGCCGAGCCUUAGCACCCGCCUCUGCGACUUUACAUCAGCCUUGAAAGGAGGCUGGACGAGCACCCUUCAUUUUGGCACUGCGACUCGGACGCUCACUGGGAGGGAAGGAAGGUGUGGCUGCGUUUGAUCAUGCUAGCUGGUCGUUCCUCUCCUCCCCUAUCC